AUUACUUUAUAACCCGGAUUGAGAGAGAGGUGCAGGAUUCUCUGGCCACUUUCAGGGCGGAAGGGAGCUCACCGUAAGCGGCAAAAAUGCCAGUCAUAAAUGUAGAGGAUAUGACGGACUUGGAUAAGGCAAAAAUGGAAGUAACCCAGCUGAAAACUGAGGUGAAACUAGAGAGAGCAAAGGUGUCAAAAUGCUGUGAGGAGAUCACGGAAUACAUUCAGAGUGGUGCAGAUGAGGAUCCUCUUGUCAAAGGCAUCCCGGAGGAGAAGAAUCCAUUCAAAGAAAAGGGUGGAUGUGUCAUUUGCUAAUGUGGACAGAGGAACUUCCCUACCUUUUACUGUUUAAACAUUCGGUAUGGUACAUGGACGCCUGCUAUUGUUUAAUCAUAGCUGGGAUCCUCUCUGCUGCCUGAGACAGGGGAAACACAGUGAAGGAUAGAUAUUCAAAUUAUUCUAAAUGGCUUAUGUCACUUUGUAAAUAAACCCCCUGGAUCUGGACCCUCUCACUUGCUAUGCAUUCCUCUAUGAAAUGGUAUAAUAAAUCCAGAUUUGUUUGUGCA